AUCGCAAUCAUGGCCCCGCAAAGGAAUAACGGGACGAGUAUCUUCCUGGGGAAUAUUCCCUACAACCUCACCGAGGAACAAAUCAGAGACAUCCUCGGCACCGCCGGCACAGUCACGAAGUUUCGUCUUAUGAUCAACCAGGAAACCGGCAAACCGAAGGGAUAUGGAUUCGCCGAUUACGCCGACGCCGACUCCGCAGCCUCUGCCGUGCGCAACCUGAACGACUACGAGGUCAUGGGUCGCAAGAUCCGCGUCGACUGGCCCCAUAACAACGAGAAGGACUCCGUGCCGCCCGAAUACCUCCACCAGAACGCCGGCCCCGCGGGCGCUGCUGCGGGACAACAAGACGGCCUGGGCCUUGGCGGCGCCGGGGGAGCUGGCGGCGCGCAGCCCGCGCAUGCGCCGCUGCCUCCUCUGCCCCCGGGUGUGGAGGUGCCGCCGCACCUGGACUGCCCCAACGCCAUCUCGCAGACACUCUCCUCCCUCCCUCCCAACCAGCUCCUCGAUGUCCUCCAGCAGAUGAAGUCCCUGGUUAUGGCCGACCCCGCCCGCGCCACGGAGCUCCUCCGCCAGGCGCCCCAGCUCGCCUACGCCAUCUUCCAGGCCUUGCUCCUCAUGAACCUGGUCGAUUACAGCGCCCUCGGCUCGGUCGUGGAACAAGCCGCCGCGCAGACCGCCGCAGCUGCACCACCACCACCGGCCGCCGCCGCCGCCGCCGCCGCCGCAGCGCAAGCUUUCCAGAACUUCCCCGGCCAAGUGUCCACCCCGCCGAUGGUCUCCGCGCCUUUCGGACAGCAGCAGCCUCCGCAGGCGGCGCCGCAACAGGCAGCCCCGCAAGCCAUUCCCGGCCAGGAAGAGCUGCUGCAGCAAGUCCUGAGCAUGCCGCAGGCCGCCAUCGAUGCGCUGCCCCCGAUGGAACGCAGCCAGAUCCUGCUCCUGCGUCAGCAGUUGAUGCAGGGUGGGAUGCGUUGAUGAUGACGAUGAUGACCAAAUCCUGUUCUUUUUUUUUUUGUUCUCGCUCUUCAAAUUUCGGGCGGCAUCGGUGGUACAGUCCUUUGUUUUCAGAGAGAGCGUUGAUAUCGGCAGCAACAGCAGCAGCAUCGUCUUGGUUCGCUUUGUGUUUUCGCUUCGAUGAGUUCGCAACAAACUGGAAUGGCGCAAACGGGGUGUCUUUUUCUCUCGUCCCUAUGGGGUCCUGUUUUCUGGGGGGGUUUCACCAAAACCAUCGGAUCUGUACUUUACAUAUCACUUCUUGCCUUGCGGACACUACCUUUUUUCAUCAAGCGAGUUGUGGCAGAUAUCCCAA